AUGGCUCCCGAGACCAAGUCCAAGAAGCGCAAGAGCGGCGGCGCUGUUACCUCGCCCAGCACCAAGAAGCUCAGGAAAUCCGAGGCCCCCUCUCCCGAAGAGCAGCCUGCGCCGGUCAAGACUAGCAAGAAAUCCAAGAAGGAGGCUCCCAAGCAGGAUGAAGACGCUGCCGUCACAAGGUCCAAGUCCUCCCGCAAGCGCGCCACUGAUUUCUUCGACGCCGCCGACGAGGAAGCGGACGCUGCCGAGUCUACCCCCAAGAAAUCCAAGAAGGCAAAGAAGGAGAAGGAUGAGAAGCCUGUCGAGGAGUCUGCCCCCGCUGCCAAGCCUGUGAAGGGCAAGAAGGCGAAGAAGGAGAAGGAUGAGGAGCCUGCCGAAGUGCCCGCCGCUGCCGCCAAGGCUGUGAAGGGCAAGAAGCGCAAGGCGGCAGAGGAGCCCGCCCCGGUCGAGGAGCCCGCCGAAGAAGAGGAGAUUGCUGUUGACGGAAGCGAGGGUGAGAGCGAGGACGAGGACGACCAGACCAAGGCUCUGCUCAAGGGCUUCGAAAGCGACGAGGAUGAGGAGGACGGCGAAGACGAGGGCGAUCUGUCCAAGCUCCCCGCUCUGCCCGACUCGAAGAAGUUGGCCAAGCAGCUCAAGAAGGUCAAGGAGGACAACAGCACUGGCGUGAUUUAUAUUGGUCGCGUUCCGCACGGUUUCUACGAGCAUCAGAUGAAGGCCUACUUUACGCAAUUCGGCGAGGUGAAGCGCGUGCGCGUCGCGCGCAACAAGAAGACUGGCCGCAGCAAGCACUACGCUUUCGUCGAAUUCGCCAACAAUGAUGUCGCCAAGAUUGUGGCCGAGACCAUGGACAAGUACCUCAUGUUCGGUCACAUCCUGCAGGUGCGCUACAUUCCUGCCGAGCAGGUCCACCCGGAACUUUUCAAGGGCUCCAACAAGCGCUUCAAGGCUGCCCCGCGCAACAAGAUGCAGGGUCGCCACCUGCGCCUGGGCAUGGUCCGUGAAGACUGGGACAAGAGGAUUGAGCGUGAAGAGAAGAGGAGGAAGAGCAAAGGAGACAAGCUAAAGGAGAUGGGCUACGACUUCGAAGCCCCGGCUAUUAAGAGCACAAACAAGAUUCCCAAAAGGACCGAGGCCCCUGCUGAGGCUGAGGAAGCCCCCAAGACCCUGACAGAUAAAGCUCACGACGAGGAAGACCAGGAGGUUGCUGAGGCCAUGGAGGCCGUCAAGAAAUCCAAGAAGUCGAAGAAGAGGGAAAGCAAUGGCGCGGUUGAGGAGGAGAAGGAGAAGGAGCCUGUGAAGGUCAAGGCGACCAAGGAGAAGAAGGACGCUGGCAAGGCUGAGAAGGCCGACAAGAAGGCCAGCAAGCCCAAGGCGAAGAAGGCCAAGACUUCUGCUUGA